AAGAGACCCCUCCCCCUCCGUGAUUGCCGCCCCUCGCCCUCCUUCCAGGCCCGGAGCACCAGCACACGAUGGCCGUCGGCCUCUGGGUCCUGAGCGGCCUGGUGGCCUUUCUGGUGGUGGAGAAGUUCGUCAGGCACGUCAAAGGGGGACACGGACACAGCCACGGCCACGCACGCGCCGCCAAGGCCAAGAGCAGCGAUGACGAAGGGGAGAAGGAGGGGGACGGAGAGCCGGCAGGGAGAGCAGCCGCUCCCACGUCCAGGAAGACGGAGGCACCUCCGCAGUCGGCCAUGCGUGUGGCCGGCUACCUCAACCUGGCCGCCGACUUCGCCCACAACUUCACGGACGGGCUGGCCCUGGGCGCCUCCUUCGUGGCCGGCAGCACCGUCGGCGCCGUCACCACCCUGACCGUCCUGCUCCACGAGGUGCCCCACGAAGUGGGCGACUUCGCCAUCCUCGUCCAGUCCGGCUGCACGAAGCGGAAGGCCAUGAAGCUGCAGCUGGUCACGGCCCUGGGGGCGCUGGCGGGCACCGUCUGCUCCCUGCUGGCAGAGGGCGUGGGCGAGGCGGCCACCGCCUGGAUCCUGCCCUUCACGGCCGGCGGCUUCAUCUACGUGGCCACCGUCUCCGUCAUCCCGGAGCUCCUGCAGGAAUCCGGUCCGGUCCAGUCCUUGCUGGAAGUGCUCAGCCUGCUGGGCGGCGUAGUCAUGAUGGUCUUCAUCGCCCAAUACGAGUAGAGGAGGCUGCGGUGGCGGGGGGCGGUGGCAGGCAAAGGCCGCUGUAAGGAAAGCCACCCCUGCCCAGGUGGGUGACACCCCCACUCCCGCCACGCUUCUCCAGAGGACUCCACGAAAGGCCCGUCCGUUCCGGUCCUCCAGGGCAGCGACGGGAGCAGGAAAUGGGUCUUGGCCGCCCGGGGGACCAACUUGUCUCUCCCACGGGGCACCUUGGCAAGUGGUGCACUUGUACUGUACACGCGUGUGUGUGUGUGUGUGAGAGAGAGAGAGAGAAGGGGGGGUGGGCACUUCCAGGGGGAGAAUUUGCACAGCCCCCCCCCUCCCUCUGCCUUCCUGCCGGACGGUGCAAACGCAGGUGUCCUCUCGUCUCUUCCUCCC